AUGAUUAUUGAACGCAACGUUGAAUUAAUGUGUCGGUCAAUAAUAAACAAUGAUGAUUUCAUAGUUGAAAUCACGAUAUAUUCCAAGAAAAAUAUCAACAGUUAUGAACUUCACAAUUCAGCUAUUCACUCAGCAAUUAAUUCAUUCGAAUUUUGGAGUGUUCGUAAACAAAUUGGAUUUAAAAAGAAAUCACAUAAAAAAGCGUUUUCUCCAAGACAUAAAGCUACUUAA